UUUUUGUAGGGAAGUAGUUGUUUCGAAGGUACUAAACAGACAGGGAAAAAAUAUGAAACCCUUGCCUAUCAAAAUAAUUUCCGGGUCAAAGAAUAUCUUGUGUCUUAUGAAUAUAAACAUAGACGCGAUAAGAUUCGACGGUUUUCCCCUGCUGCCAUUUCGACAAGCGAAGAGUAGUAAAUUGAUCGAUAUUCUGAUAAGAACCGAAGAAACGCGCAUAAAAAUUCUUCCAAAGCAGACGAUUCUUGAGCAAGGAUUUGAGAAGUUAGUUGCAAUGAUUUUGAUUUAAAAUAUUCUUUGAUUCUAAUUUCCUAUCUUUAAAGAAAUGAGAACCAUUUAAGAGAUUCGCCAAACGAGAAUAUUGCGUGCAUCGCGAAUCAAAGAGGGAGAAUUUUCGAAUAGUUGGAAUAUGAUUAACAAACGAAGGAACUUGAUGUUAUUGAAUGGGGAAAUUUUAAUAUUCGUGUUCGUUAUAAUUAACUGGUGCCUCGCAAACGAUAAAGAAGAAAAUGCUAUUGUGGAAUACUUGUCGAAGAAAAAUUUUUCUCUCGGUAAAGCUGAGAUUGUGUUUUUGUUGGAUAGAUCUGGCAGCGUUGGAGCAGCGAACUUCGAAACAGAAAAAGGUUUUGUGGAAUCUUUUUUGACUCAUAUUAUUGUGGAUGCAAAUGCUUCACGGGUAGCUGUUAUCAGUUAUAGUGACACAGCUGAACGUCACAUCGACUAUCUGCGCGAACCUAAAACCAAAUGCUUCUUGUCACAAGAGCUCCAGGAUGUUGUAUUCAAAGACAGUCGAGCGACUAAUAUCGCAGCAGGUUUAGAAGAAGCACGACUUGUAUUUCAAAAUGCACGCCCUAAUGUCAAUAAGGUUCUGAUAUUGGUCAGCGAUGGAUUGCAUACAAUGGGUGGAGAUCCUUUUCCUUAUGCAGAACGUCUGAAAGCGUUGGGAGUUGAAAUAUUUUCCUUCGGAAUAGGCAGAUCACUGCAAGGCGAAUUGGAAGGUCUCGCAAGUAGCAAGGAUCAUGUAUAUAAUUGCGAUGGAUUUAGAGAUUUCGACAGAUUGGCGAAAAGAAUAAGAGGAGAUCCCCAUGAGAGUUCUUGGUCAGGUCAGGCAGCCCAACCAAAUUGUGACCACCUGUGUGAUAGUCCCUACCGAGGAGACCCCAUUGAUCCAGGUUGUUGCGACCACAACGCCCGGUGUUCUUGCGCACUGUUAUCUGGAAUGCACACUUGUGUUUGCGGUCCUGGUUAUUAUGGAUACUCGGGGCUGGCAGGACAGUGCAGAGCUUGCCCAAAGGGGACGUACAAAUCUAAGUUAGAACCUGCCAAGCAGUGCACAUCAUGUCCUGCAGGAUCUACAACCACGAGAGAGGCUAGUACGAGUCUCAAGGAUUGCGUCUGCCAAGAAGGAUAUGAAGGGAAUCCCCUUACAGGUCUACCUUGUACACUUAAGAAAUGCCCACCUCUUCAAAAGCCAACCAACGGGUUCGUUUUUGGAGAUUGUGAAAACUCCGAAAAAGUUUUUGGCUCCGAGUGUCAUUUCUUGUGCGAAGAGGGAUUCGAACUGGUCGACAAGGAAAAUGAUAUAAGAACGUGUCUAGCCAAUGGGAGUUGGUCUGGCAAAAAUUCUGUCUGCCGACGUAUCCACUGCAGGAAGCCUCCCAAACCCAGGUUCGGUCAUAUCUUUUGCGACAAAGGUGAUCUGUUAGUGGGUGCUAAGUGUCGAUUCUCCUGCUUCCGCGGUUUUAUCAUGGAAGGAUCGCCGGAGAGGGAGUGCUUAUCGAGCCAGCGGUGGUCAGGCGCAGAAGCAAAAUGCACGCCUAUCCAAUGCGAACUUCCUCCGCAACUGCCGUACGGCCAGGUGUUUGGCUGCAAAACAAAUGAGAAAACUAAAUAUGGAGAAACGUGUGCUUUUGCAUGCAGCGAAGGCUUCCAGCUUGAGGGUCCCACAUAUCUUACUUGCAAUGAGAACGGGAAGUUACUGGAUUCUCAAAACAAGCCAGGCAAACCUGUUUGUAAGGACGUGAGGCCGCCCGAAAUAACAUGUCCGCCUCACAUCGCCGUGAGCGCUGACAAAGGAUCAAAGGGUAAAAAAGUGCACUGGGAAGUUCCCCAGCCCGUAGAUAACAGCGGCAUAGAGCCGAAAAGAUUCACCAUUCCGGAGUACAUAUUUCCUCCUUUCUAUUUCGAACUGGGGAUAACCACCAUUCAGUACAAAGCCGUGGAUCAUGCUGGCCACAAAUCGAGUUGCAGCUUUCAAAUUAUGGUGUAUGAUGAUGAGCCUCCUAAAGUGGUCAGCUGUCCGUCGAAGAUAGAAGUUACUUCAGAUGAUAUUCGGCAGGCUGUCUUUUGGGAUGAGCCGCAGUUUGAGGAUAAUUCUGGGAGACCUAUCAGAAUAGAACCAAGUCACAAAUCUGGUCAUGAGUUUGGUCCUGGCCGCCACACUGUCACCUAUCAUGCUUUCGAUUAUUAUAAUAAUAAUAAUUCAUGUGUUUUUGAUGUCAUAAUGACACGUAAUACAUGUCCAUUCUACCCUGCGCCUACGAAUGGCGCUUUUUCUUGUAAUGAUUGGAUGUUUGGUCAAGUAUGUCAGGCAUUCUGCAAUGAAAAAUAUGACUUUGUGGAGAAACCUGCCGAAUGGUACAUUUGUAAUGAGAAUUCUGUAUGGGUUACCAUGCCUGAAAACAUGCCUGUACCUUGGCCGGAUUGCUCAACAAAAGAAAUUCCUGGAAAAAUCCGGCACAUGAUGAAAGGCUUUUACUACUGCGGUGACUGCAAUGAUCCGCAAGUCCAGAUUUACAUCAAAAAAGUAUUCCUGCACCAUCUCUCCGUGCAGUUCGAGAAGGCAGAUCUUUGCGUUUCGAAAGGCACCUGCAACCUGCAGACAGUGAAGGUGCACUGUGGCAAGACCACUGACCACCUUGCGAAGAACAGGCGCCGGAGAGACGUCUGGGAGCAUGCAGAAAAAGAAGAACUGGAACUGGAAUUCGAGAUCACCAUAGAUGUAGAUCAAGAGUUAAACGAUACUGAAGCCGUUUUACAAAACUUCCUGGAAACUAUACAGAACCUGAAAUGGGACAUGGAUGAGGAUUUCGUUUUGCAACCAACAACGCUUGCACCUGAUUUACAAGCAGAUUCAGAUCAGUGGAGUGAGAAUCAGAACCGUUCUGGCGCCGUAAUGUUUACGGAUGGAGAAACCACUAUAGAAUGUAAACCCGGGUCUGUCUUGUCCAAGAAUCUCUGUGUGCUGUGCUCAGUCGGAACGUUUUAUGAACCAUCGGCGAGGGAGUGCUGGGACUGUCCACUCGGUCAUUAUCAACAGAAAGAAGGCCAAACGGAAUGUCACAAGUGUCCAGAAGGGAUGACCACGGAAUAUACACGGUCCAGAAAUAUAACUGAAUGUAAAGGUAUAUGUCUUCCAGGAACGUAUUCACCUACAGGCUUGGAAACGUGUCUGGCUUGUCCAAUAGGUACUUAUCAAGAACACGAGGGACAGAAGGUAUGCAAUGUGUGUCCUGAAGGAACAACAACAGCUAGUUCGCAAUCAGUCUCCGUAACAGAUUGUAGAGAUUUUUGUGGUGCUGGAAGUUUCUCGAUUUCCAGGCUUCAACCAUGUGAAGCAUGUCCAAAAGGAUUCUAUCAACCUCUCAUUGGCCAAACAGCAUGUUUAGAAUGUCCAGCAAAUUUUUCGACUUUCAGGGUAGGCUCUACAAAUAUAUCUGAUUGUUUAGAUCUAGAUCCCUGUGCUGGGGAGUAUUGCAAAAAUUACGGCAUUUGCACACGCUUAGGAAGGAAUGCAGUUUGUUUGUGCUCGGAAGGUUUCAUCGGAAAUCGGUGCGAAAUGGACAUCGACGAAUGCAUUCAGAAACCAUGCUUCAAUGAUGGAACAUGCAUCAACACUGUCGGCUCCUUUUACUGUAAUUGCAGCGAAGGUUUCUCAGGAGCACUGUGUGAUGAGGAAGAAGACGAAUGUCUUUCAUUCCCCUGUAUGAAUAAUGGGACUUGUAUAGACAAGGUAAACGAUUACGCAUGCAUCUGCCCUGCAGGUUAUGAAGGAGCGCAGUGCGAGCGAGCCCAGGAGAUCUGUUACCCCGACAUCCUGUGCCUGAACGGGGGGACGUGCGUAGAGGAGGCUGGAUCCAAUAACUCGUUCUGUGUAUGCCGGGAUGGAUUCAUAGGAAUAGAUUGCUCCAUCGACGUCGACGACUGCGAGAACGUUACCUGUCUCAAUAACGGAAGGUGCGUCGAUGAAAUUGCCUCUUUUAAAUGCAUCUGCCAGGAUGGCUACAUGGGAUCCCUGUGCGAAAUCGAUAUCAAUGAGUGCGAGACUCAUCAGUGCUGGGCCGGUUCAACAUGUCAGGAUCUUGUGGGAGGUUAUGUGUGCCUCUGCCCUCCGGGAUGGAGCGGUCGAUACUGCGAGACAAAGCUCAGUGACGAUUUCGUGCUCAACUUUCCGGAAUCUACAGCCACCAUCGCCAAUAUGGCCAGCAUGACUCUGAAUUCACCCUUAUCUGACGUCACUGUGUCCAUGUGGGUGCAAACAACGGACACGAAACGAUCGGGAACUCCUCUGUCAUAUGCAGUAGCCUCGGCAAGCACAACGGAUGGACAGAACACAAUAGUUGAUAACGCUCUGACUAUCAACGAUUGCUCGGGUGUCCACAUUUAUGUCAACAAUGAACCUUUAGUGACAGACGUUCAAGUAGCGGAUGGCCAGUGGCAUCAUUUGGCAUUCACUUGGUCUUCAGAAAAUUCAGGUGAAUGGACUUUAUACAAAGAUGGUAAACUGCAAACCAAUGGAACUAAUUUAAGACCUCGUGAUGUUAUUGCUGGAGGAGGGAGUUUAGUGAUAGGCCAAGAGCAAGAUGAAGUUGGGGAAGGAUUCAGUCCAAAAGAAACAUUUACCGGCAAUAUUACAAGGGUAAAUGUGUGGAACAGCUUUUUUUCAAAAAGCAAUAUAACACGCUUAUGCAGCUUGGAUGACGAUAUACCUGGUAAAGUGGUAGCUUGGCCAGACUUUUUGCAAGGUGUAAAAGGAAAGGUUAACAUAUUGCAGAAUGAAAGACCUACAUAAUGCAAGAACUAUUUCAAAUAUGGAAUCUACAAUACAAGAUGCAAUCAAUUGCUUCAAUUUAGCACAAAUAUAUAAAUAAAAAUGCAAUAUAAAUACACUUUCAAAAAAUAUUUAACAAUUGUGGAUACAUUAUAAAAGAUAAAACAUUGUUUCUUUUAACAUGCAUACCAACAAACAGGAAAUAAACAAAAGAGAUU